AAAAUAGGAUGUGAUGCAGAGAAUCAAAACCCCAGCCCCAUCGCCUACGGCUAUAUAAACCCCAUAUUCAUCACAAACAAUUUUUAAAAAAACUUAAACCUUCCUUCUUCUCUUAAUCCAUCUCCUAAUCCAAUCUUUAUAAUCCCAAAAACUCUUCAAGAACUGGAUACUCUGGCGGAUUCAGAGACCAAGAACCGAGACGUGGUUCUGAAACUGUAUGACGCCCUGAGAUCUCGCGACGUCGAAUCCGUUCACAAGACCCUAACCCAAGACCUCGACUACUGGUUCCACGGUCCACCGCCACAUCAGUUUUUGAUGCGCACGCUCACCGGCGUCUCUCCGCCGUUCGAAUUCGCGCCUCUCUCCGUCGUCUCCUUCGGUUCCACCGUCAUCGCCGAGGGCUGCGACGUUGCCACCUCCGUCUCGUGGAUCCACGCCUGGACCGUGUCGCAUGGGGUGAUCACUCAGGUGAGGGAGUACUCUAACACUUCGCUCACGGUCACGAGGAUCGGUGACGUCGUCGCCGGAAGGUCUGCCGAGAUUAAGCCGUCGCAUUGUCCGUCUGUUUGGGAGAGUAAGUUCUCGGGUCGGGCGGGUAAAUCCGUACCCGGUUUGGUUCUCGCGAUUUGAGGAUUUAACGGCCACGUCAGGGGAUUGAUAUUACUAAAUAAAAGGCGGGUGCUUACGUGUCGGUGUCUUGUUGGUUUGUUGUUUUAUGGGUUGAGAGGAUUUGUGCGGUUGAGACGCGGUGUGGGGUAACGCUAUAAAGGUCGCGGUUUGGUCGUCGCUAUUUCUUCUUUAUUAUUUGCUUUAAAUUCGUGCGUUUGUGUGUUUUAGUGCGUACUACAAGCAUGGGGAAACCCAUAUUGACUUGUGCCGUUGUGUCUGAUGUAACGUUUGGCUAUGUUAUAAUAAAGUGCUUUUGGGAUCUUAUUCUAUUCGUUAGACGUUAUAAUAGAAUACGAGGUGUGCUGCAUUUGUUGACAAACAAGAUAAAAAACUGCCCAUUACAUAUCUCUGAGUGGGGAUAAAUUGUGAAAAUUUGUGUAUGUAUAGCUUUACUGUUGUUUAUU